AUGCAUAAAUUAAGAGAAUUGUAAGAAAAGGAAUCAAAAUUCUCUUCUAAUGAAUAGGAUUUCAUUCCCUUUAUCAAAGAACGAGAUAACAUGGGUAAAUUACCUAAUGCCUUUAGAAGUUUGAAAUCUCAAAACUAAAAUAAUAAAAGGAUUAGGGUUACAAUUAGUAGUAAUAAAAGUUAAAAAAGCAAAACAAAAGUUAAUUUUUUAAAGGAUGUUUAUACAAUUAAUCAUAAUACAUAUUGGGCAAAUCUUACAAAUGUUUCUAAAGUUGAAAAGAAAUUCAACUUAAAAAUUUAGACAGAAUAUGUUGAAUAGAAGUAAUUAAUAUUACUUAAUCAAAAAUUACAAUUGAAUGAUGGUACUGUUUAACAAAGGAUGCCUACAUAAAUUAAUUAUUCUCCAAAAUUAGGUAAAAAUCUUAGUAUGAAUACUAUACCUCCUCUUGGUUAUUAUUAGACUAGAGAUAUCAUUAUAAAAAAGUAACCAAUGUUUGUUAGAAUGAAAUUAGAAAAAGAAAGUAAGGUUCAAGAAUUUAAAACACUGAAAACAGAACCUUGCUAAUAAAUUUAAAUACCUAGAUUAGAACUCUCGAAUAUAAGAAUUUAAAAUAAAAUUCCAUAAGAAUUAUUAAAUAAAGCAUAUUAAACAGAAAGAUAAUCAACAGAAUAUAAAUAAAGAUAUACACCUCUACAUUUCGACAAUGAGGUAAUAGAGUAAUAAGAAAACAAAAUUAAAUAAUUAAGAGAAUUUUAUAAAAUUAUGAAAAGCAGUUAUGCUUGA